UCGUUGGUGAAGAGUUUCUUUAGUAUUCAAUGUCAAGUGCGGUUGAGUUUUUAUGGGUGCUGGUAGGCGUAUGUGUUGUUGCUCUUUGUUUUGCAGGAUGGUUAGCACACUGGGUCCUUUCACACAAGGAAGGAUCAAAGGAGAUGCAAGACGUGGCUAGACCGAUCCAAGAAGGGGCUAAUGGGUUCUUUAAGACACAAUAUGGAACGAUUGCUAGCCUUAGUUUGGUUUUAGCCCUUAUUAUAUUUCUAUCCUAUGGUUAUCGUCCGGUAAACCCCAGCGAAGCAAACAUCGGCUCUCUCGGCAUUCGUUCUAUUUGCACCAUUGCAUUUCUUUUGGGUGGCUUCUUUUCUGGAAUAUCGGGUUUAGUUGCUAUGUGGGUUGCUGUACGCUCUAAUUCUCGAGUUGCAGCAGCGGCGAAGGUAUCAUACAACGAAGCUAUUCAGGUUGCCUUUCGUGGUGGAGCGUUCGCAUCUACUUUGAUUGUGACGUUAUGCUUGUUUGGAAUCGUUCUUAUCUAUGCUUUCGUCUAUGGCUCCUUCCAACGAUUGGGUGUUAGUGCUGCUCAGGUUCCUUUACUUAUUGUCGGCUACGGUUUUGGAGCUUCGUUUGUAGCACUUUUUGCUCAACUUGGAGGCGGUAUUUACACAAAGGCGGCUGAUGUUGGUGCGGAUAUUGUUGGAAAGGUCGAAGCUGGAAUACCCGAAGAUGAUCCUAGGAACCCUGCAGUUGUUGCAGAUCUAGUUGGAGACAAUGUUGGAGACUGUGCAGGUCGUGGUGCUGAUCUUUUCGAAUCUAUUGCAGCAGAAAAUAUUGGUGCAAUGAUUUUAGGAGCUACCUUGAGUAGAACCUGCAAUCUUCCCGAAAGUGAGCAGAUCACUUUCACUUUGUUUCCAUUAUUUGUUCAUGCUUUGGGUAUUUUCAGCAGCAGUAUUGGAACGAUGGCAGUAAGAACAAAAGACAAGAGCUUGAACAAGAGUGGCGGAAGCUCGGAAUCAGCUCCAUUGUUGGGUGGUUCCAAGUCAUCGAAAGAGUACGAAGAUCCAAUGGCUAUCAUGAAAAGAGGUUUCGUAGUUGCAAUGGCUUUGGGAUUUGUUGGAAUCUGGGUAUUGUGCUAUAUUGCCUUGCAGACGAGUGAAGCACCCAAUGCAUGGUGGCACUUUGGCUUAUGUGCUACUAUUGGAAUAGUAACUUCAUAUUGUUUUGUCAUUAUUACAGAAUAUUAUACUGAUUAUUUGUACUAUCCUGUAAGAAGAAUUGCAGCUGCAUCUUCUACGGGUUCUGGAACAAAUGUCAUUGCAGGAGUGUCUGUUGGAAUGGAAUCUACUGCACUUCCUAUCAUGGUACUUGCCAUUGCUUUAUUACUUGUGUACUGGCUGGGUACAACUUCUGGUCUGUCUAAUAAACUUGCUGCUGGUAUUUUUGGUACCGCGGUUGCAACUAUGGGAAUGCUCUCCACAAGUUGUUUCAUUCUGGCAAUGGAUGUGUUCGGACCCAUCUCAGAUAAUGCGGGGGGUAUUGCAGAAAUGUCAAUGCAGCCACCUGAAGUACGAGAAAUCACUGAUCGUUUGGAUGCAGUUGGCAAUACAACAAAGGCUUUAACGAAAGGCUAUGCAGUUGGUUCAGCAGCAUUGGCGGCAUUUUUGUUAUUCCGUGCUUACAUUGAUGAAGUGAACAACUACUUACCAUCAAGUCGUGCUCUCACGGCGGUAGACUUGAGUCAACCAGAAGUAUUUGUUGGUGGCAUGAUAGGUGCUAUGUUAGUGUUUCUAUUCUCGGGACUAGCUAUUCGCGCAGUUGGCAAUGCAGCCCAAGCAGUGGUACAUGAAGUUCGUCGACAGUUUCGUGAAAAACCUGGUAUUAUGACAUACAGCGAGAAACCCGAUUAUGAAAAGUGUGUGGCUAUUGUUGCCAAUGCGGCACUUAAACAAAUGGUCGUCCCUGGUUUGUUAGUUGUUUUUGUCCCACUUUUCGUAGGAUUUCUUGCCUCAUGGGUUGGAAGAGUUGCAGGAAAGUCUCUGCUAGGAGUACAAGUCUCUGCUGGAAUUUUGAUGGUUGGAACUAUUGCUGGAAUUCUUAUGGCACUAUUCUUGAACAAUAGCGGUGGCGCAUGGGACAACGCUAAGAAGUAUAUCGAAACCGGUGCAUAUGGAGGAAAGGGCUCGGAAUCUCAUAAAGCCAGUGUAACAGGAGACACUGUAGGUGAUCCUUUCAAAGACACCGCAGGACCAUCAUUGCAUGUAUUAGUCAAAUUGCUAUCAACGCUUACACUAGUAUUCGGUCCACUGUUCUUAACGUCUGCAGGAAUCGAAGUCAUUUCUGGUUAACGAGACAUACCACGGUAUUUCUCCAUCGUGCCUUUUAUCUUUGUGCUUUUGUUUAGAGCAGUAAUAAACCAUUGGUUUGUUUCAAACAUUUUGGAAUCUAAUGCAUUGGUAACGUUAAAGAACGUGUGAUUUAUUUCAUUCUCUGUAUUUAUUGCUCAUAGGUGAGUUUAUAACGGACUGGUCUAGAUCUAUUCUUAAUAGUCAGCUAUUCACACUUGCUUGCUCUCUCUUUCUUUCGUACACUAUGCUGAGAGUGCUCAAU